CUUGUGCGUUUUCCUUGAGACCAAAUCGAGGUUGCUCGCUCGCUCUGGAAAGAGCCAGGAAAAGCCCACGCGUGACCAGAUUGACUAAAAGUGGAGAGCAAUAAACGUGGAAAAGAGAAGGAGAGCAAGAAAUAGUGUCAUUAUUGUCAACACGAACUGGAAGCAACUUUUCAGAAUUUGAAGCAGGAAGUUUUUUCUCGCCCAAAUCCAUCCUUCUUGAAGAUACUUUUGGGAGUCUUUGUGUGUCCUGGUGGCUUUAGAAUCACGGAGAAGGUCCUAUGGCUGGGAAUCAGCAGCCUGUUCGUGGUGAGACCCCUGAGACAAGGCUAAUCCUGAUGCCAUCUGGGUCAUCCUCCAAGGAAAUGUCUGCAUCUGGAGCUUCUGAGCAUCCUAACUCCUUGGGACACGUGACAUCGUCAAGCAAUCUGUCCUCCUUAACGGUGCCCGUACGCUUAGAUGUCCUCUAUUUCUUGCUUAACAGUGCUGCUAAAGGGGCACAGAAUGCCCUGGCCCCCUUACCUAUUCAGAAUGGGCAAGGAUCUAUCCCUGCCUGUCAUGGCCCAGUUGCUUUACAAGCUGGGAGCUGCUGUGCCAGCUGCCGCCCCACCUGUCACAAGGCUGCUGGUAGUGCUCCUUACGCCUGGUGCCCUCGUGUACCUCCUCGUGAUGAAACAGUUUAUAGAAACUGUUACUCUGAUGGCCGAUUGAACACUGGAAUCCCAGACAGACAGAAUAACCAACGGAUCAGGGCUGCGCAAUGGGACGACGGGAAGAACUGGUCUGGAUCCACUCAAGCAGACCCGGCAAGGGGAUGGAAACGAUCCCAGUCCCCAUUGGGAUGGAAGGAGAGGCAGAGAGAUGAAGGUGGGAGGUAUCGGAAAGGGGACAGCUGGCAAGGGAAGCAGGGGGAUUCCAGGAAGCCUUGGAGCAACCCCAGGGAAAGCCUGGCUGAGUCAACUCCUUGGUCUUCAGGCUCACUGAAUAGGAAAAGGGAAGCCACGUCAUUUGGAGAACCUUCUCUGAACAUUAAGCAGAAGCGAGAUGGAAAUUGUUGGCCAGAGAUGUGCGAUGGCUCCAAAGGCCAAAGGUAUUUGACCCAUGCCCAGAUUGAAUGGCAGAAGAACCAAGGGCCACAAGAUCUGGCCAGCUUCAUAGAUAAUACUGCAGCUGCUCAGAUGACCAGUACAACUGGCCAGGAUAAAAGAGAAGAUUGGGAGGCAGAGUAUAAGAGUACCCAAGAAACUUCCAGUGCUCCUGAGUGUUCUUCCCUUCAGAGCAAAGAAAUGAACACUUCCGAAGCAGGAGAUAGUUAUGGUGUAGAAUCUGCUUCAUCUACUGAUCUACCCAAACAGAUACUGGAGAGCUCUCCUCAGUUUCCCAAGUCAGUUUCCCAAGACCAGGCAGCUACACCUACUGAGAUGGAACCCACCGCAUCUGACUCCAACUGGAGGAAGAAUGGCAGAUUUGUCCAUUAUCUCCAGAGCCUUUAUUCUGAUGUCCCAGAGAAGUCAAGUUCGGAAUGUUCUGCAGAUCUGACCAUCAAUAUAGAUGCAGAGAAAUCUAAACCGGAAGAGGAGGAGGAGGCUACAAAGAGUGCAUCUGAUGGAGAAUUAAAACUCUUGGAGUAGAUUAUUAAUGGGAGGUUAGCUAGGAGGAGAAAAGGAGGAUACUGUUUAGUUUAUAGACUUGGGAUCUCAGAGGAAAUUUCUCCCAAGAGUUUCCAAUUCUGGAAGUUCAGAGCUGUUUAAUUGGUUAAGGUACAAGUUUGAUUCCAGUGUAGGUAGGUUGUGAUUAUUAUGUCUUGUUUUUACGGAUUAUUCACAACCUGUGUUAUCCUUUUCUUCAUGGAACAAGGUUCUUCUGACAUGCAGAUACACCUGCUGCCCUUCCAAAAUGGGCUAGAUUAUGGGCAUAUCAUCCAGCAAACACAACCCAUAUUCAACCAGUUAAUCUUGUUAUUUGAAGAGAAUGUAAAAAGGAAUGGUGAAUCACGUUAGUGGCAUCAUUUAUCCUUAGUCUGGGUGCUCUAAUAGAUAACACCAAUGAAAAGCUACUUCAGCUUGUGUUAACCAUCACGGCUGGGAUUUUUAAUUUGGCAAUUUGUUAGACUAGAAGCAUCCUACUGACUCCAUGCACACAUCCUACUGACCCACAUCUAUGGGUGACUUCUACAAAAUGCCCAUUGUGGAUUCUGUAGAAAUGAUCCAUGACUUUUAAACUGCAGUCUUAUCUGGUUUGAAUCCAGAGAUUAACCCAUAUUACAUCUAUCAGCUUAAGCACAGAAGCUUGAAACCGUGCAAAUCUCAAGCUACAGACUACAUAAUUUCAAAGAUCGUAUCAUUUCAGUGCAUGGGAGAAAUGGUUAGCAAAGGACAUCCAUACUUUUUUUCUUUGCACACAGAUGGAUAUGUUAUUUUAAUCAUGAUCUCUGUCUAAUAUAUCUAAAUGCAUUAAUCUUGCUGUUUGUGUUCAUGACUGUUAGAUUAAAGUUGUUUAGAAAGCUUUAAAAACAUUUUUGUAUACCUUGUAUGGUGAGUGGGGGUUUUAAAACCCAAGAAAAGCAUCAGCGGUGAUUUGGAAUAUUUUAUAGUAAAAUAUUGUUUCCCCUAGGCUGGGGAAGAU